GCUGGCGAGGUAGCGUGGAGUCAGUGGGUUUGCAGAGGGAAGAGAAACGGCGCAGGAACGCGCUCACUGCUAUCUGACUCGCGUCUCCAUCCCCGGGCGCAUCGGCGUCAAACUGCAGCGCACGAUUUCACACGUUUUGACAUUUACGCGUUUUCAUUCAAGUGUAGCAACGAGAACAGACGCGUAAAAAAAUGGUAUAAUUUUUUUUUUUUCCAAUGUAGAGUUUUUUCCCCCCCUUUCACCAGAUGUUGACAGAGAACAGCUUGGUUCAGCGUCGCAAGACGGCAGACAGCCGAGUGGGAGAUGCCCGAAAGCGGUCAGACUGUGGAGCGCGUUGUGCGCGCGGGCACCUGUGAGGCUGAAGCGGCUGUGUGUCCCGGUGUUUUGGCGUUGAUCGGUGUGAUUGGUGUCGGUGCGCGCGUGAGGAGCUCAGCGGCGCCGCUGCAGCAGCGCGGAGCGUGAAGUGCGUUCGCCUUCCGACAGCUCUGGUCACCAUGACGACCUUUAUUAAAGAAAAUGUAGAAGGCCAUACCAGCUGGAGACUUCUGAUUGGCAGAGAGGAGAGAUCCAGCAUGACCUUGGUGGUAACAAACUGGCAGGGUAGCAUUGCCAUGGAAACAUGCGAUUUGUGAGUGAGAAGAGAAUCAGUUGAGAGAAUCUAGAAAAAGGGAUAACACAAAAUAUGACCAUAGCAACGCAAAUGAUAAACAUUGCCAGAUAAUUUUCAAGAUCUUUACUUCUGAAAUCUGAAGACCUUGUUUACUGACAAUCUUGCACUCAGAUUUGCUGAGCAAGGAACUGCAAGUUGAGAGAGAGGGGGACUCGCCUUUGAGUCAGCCACUGCACAUUAACAAAACAAAGGCAGAUAUUUACUGACUAUAUUGUAUAUGUGUACUAGUGCAAUUGGUCUGUUUAAGAGGCAAUGAGUCGACUGUCAGGCCGUCUGCGAUCUGGAAGUGUGCGUUUGGUUUGUGAAGCCCUGGGUGAGGAGGACUGCAGUGAAGCUGAAGGCUCCUGGAUGGGAGAUAUUGGGCCUGGAGUCACGUCAGCAGGAGCAAGUGCUUCUGACCCAGCUGCUUCACUGCACUAUAGAUUGUUUUCACCUCCUUCACUUGCUAAUGGUCUACGUAAUCAUGAUGACCAGUUUCAGCGCAGAGCAAGGAGGCGCAGACAGAUGGACCAUGUGGAGCAAACGCACAUGCAUGAACAAAUUCACAUUCAGUCACACACACACCCACAGAUGCACAUACACCAACAACCACUUUCCCAACAACAGAGCACUCAUGCAGAACACUCCAACACACGUCUGCAAUCUCAAAUGCACAUUCAAAUGGAUACCCAUGUGCACACUGAGAGAGAUGUAAUGAUACACAAACAUACACAUACAGAGAUGGUCAGAUCUUCAACUGUGGAAGAGGAUACCUCUCUUGUCCCAGAGGAUCUGUCUAUAACUCCAAAGACUGAAACAUACACUUCCCUUGUCCAUCCAGCCCAUCCACUGCAUACCAGCCAACUCUCACAAAACUACUCAGCCCUUCAACCCAGCCCUGCUUCAACAAGUAAGGUAGAUAGAGAGAAACCCUCUAAUACCUUAAUAUGUCCUAACCCUGAACUAGGUCAUAGUUCUAGUUCAAGCUUCAAUCCUGUCAACACCCCUAUGGAGGCUGAGAGGAAGUAUACCCUGAGGAGUUCUGGUCGGCCACGUUUCCCCUGCCACCUUCGCAAGUCAUCUCGUUUACGCAGAGCUGCAGAGGAUAAUGUAAUGAAAAGGGAAAUAGAACAAAAAGAGGCAGAGGAGGAUAGGAACAUCUGGAGAGGAGAAGAGAUUAGACCAAGAGAAGAGUGUCCUCUAGAAGUGGCUGUGGCUGCUUCAUCCAUUGAGGUUUCACCAGCUCCAACUAAUUCAAUUCGUAUGGUGCCAAAUCAUAAUGUAGGAAUACCAUUCAGGAAGGCAGCAAGUGAAGGCAGCACUGUGAUUCAGAAUUCACAGAGAGCUAAACAACGAGGCCGGUUUUUAGGUGUGAGAAAGAUAGUGGUAAAAAUUGCAAGAAUCCCUGUGCAUCUUAGUCGACGACAGAAAAGCUAUAAGAUCUCCUCUUUAGAGCCUGUGGCAGUGGGGUCACAUGGGGAAGGGUGUACUGCAGGAGAACCAGCAGAAGGGGGAUCUGGUGUAGAAAUGGGUGCACAUAUUUCAAGGGAACCCACUGCACUUCUCCGGAUGAAAAACAAUGGGAAGAGUGUAAUGGUGAUGUUUCCUCCAGGAGAACUACCAGUCAUCUUGAAACGGCGAAGAGGGCGGCCCCCUAAACAGGCUUUACCAGGACAGCCUGACAUGCGUGAGACUAGAGCUGGGGCUGCAAGUGCUGCAGAGCCCAAGAAACCCAGGAGGCGUCGGCGAGUAAAGUUACCUUCCCCUCUCCCCUCGUAUGUUAAUGACACGAAUGAUGUUAAAGUAGAAUAUGCAGAUGUUCUCUCUAAAAUGGCCUUCUUAAACCGGCAACCUCCCAGUACUGGCCGCUGCUCCCCACCACGCUGUUGGACUCCAACCGAACCUGAGACCUUCCACACAUCUCCAGAAAACCCAAAUCUGUCCACAUUACUGCAUCGCCUCACAGGCUUCCGUAGGCGGGGUGGUCGUGCAGGCUGUAUGGGAGGGAGGGGAGGGGGUAUGACAGGGUGCUCAGAGGCUUUUAAGAGGUCGUUCAGUGAUUUCUUUGAGACAAUUGGCAAAAAGCGCAAAGUUCCUGUGUCUGAACCAGGAACUCCGCGAAAAAGGGGGAAAGGGCUUAGUGGUGGAAUGAAGAGGGCAACAUUGAGCGAGCAAGGUAGCCUGGUGAGUGGGGAAAAGAUUAGAAAGCGGCGUUCACGAAAGAAUGGAAUAUUAAAAGGCGGUCAGGGACUCAUGGAUCAAGACUGGCAAAAUGGAAAUAAUGGGUGGGGAGAGAAGUGUGAUCCAGAUCCAGGUAGUUACCAGGGCUCAUGUUCACCUCGUGCAAGCUUUCCAUCCUCUGAUACUGGCAAAGGGGGAGUGUACCAUAGCCCUGGAAUGAGAGGAGCUGGCAGUGCAGAGGAAUGUCAGGGAAUGUUUGCAGGAUACUUUCGUUCUUUACUUGAUUCAGAUGACUCCUCGGAUUUGUUGGACAUCUCCAUGUCCAGCCCUACAGGACACCAAGAUGCUCGUAAAAUCACUCCAGGAUAUGAGGGCAGCAGUCCGGGUGCAGCCCAUUGUUGGUCUCCUGCUUUCCCUAAAAGAAGCCCCAAAGUAGCCGCAUGUACUGGGGAGGGGGGCUCCCUUUCCUCAGCCCAAUCUCAUAGCAAUUCUGCAACUAGGACCCCAUAUUUAUACAGUGUAUCCCAAACAUCUCCAACCACUUCUUUCCCCAAAUCUCCUGCUCUUUCCCUCUCUCGGUCACCCAGUUCUCCACGUCCUUCUUCUGGCUGUUUUUCCCAAUAUCCCUCCACUUAUAGUGGAAAUGUGCCUCAAGGAGCAGGUGCUUGCCCUGUGACUCAGCAGCAGCACAGAUCAAGUGACUGCAGCUUUGCCUAUGGCACUAAAACCUCCCCUGCCUCUUCAACACAACGCCACAUUAAUUAUUCAAGUUAUCAAGCCUCUGCCAAGCGACAUUAUAGUGCAUAUACUGGGCCUACCCACGUCCCCAUGCAGCAGAAUGAGUCUACUGGUCCAUCAUCCCCAAGUGGAAGUUACAUGUCAAUAUCAAAGACCAGCUCGUUGUCCUCAUCCUCGUCUCCUCCCGAAGGUUCCAGACAAUACCAGUGCUCAGCUCCAUGGGGUUACAGGCAAGGGGGAUCUACCUGGGGUGGUGAUGGAUUUGGUGCUCACCAGUUUCAUGGCUACUCUGAUUAUGGAGUCAGCGGAACAAGUUCUGAGUCCAAAGACAUCCUAGACAUUUCAAAUUACACACCCCAAAAGGCAAAGCAACGUCCCUGCCCUGACACAUUUUCUGAAUCCUCCUCUGAUUCCUCCCACACAGGGUUAGGAAGCAUGGGAGGGAUGUUCUGCCCUAGGGAUGCACCAGUGUCUGAAGGGCAGUCAAGCCUGUCAAGCCUGGAGAAGCUGAUGUUAGAUUGGAAUGAAAAUUCUGCAGGCCCGUCAUAUAACUGGAGUCAGAAUGUCUUGUUUCAAGGCGGGACAAAACCAGGCAGAGGACGAAAGAAACGGUCUGAGGCACAGAGUGAGAAGGAAACAGGCCAUAUGCCCCCUGGAUCACCUGCAAGUCCUCCUGUGCAGGGAGGUGGACCAAAGCGUAGUGCUUCUGCAGGCCGACAGCCUAGGGGGAGUAGGGGCAGGGGAGGCUUUUCUCCUUGCCAAAGAGAGCGAUCUUUACCACCAAAGUCCAAACUUCAAAAGCCUGCAGCCCCCUCAGCAGCAGGGCAGAUGAAUUCAUCAGGGGGACUAUACCAGGAAACGUUAGAUUAUUAUAGUGGCGAUAGCAGUAGCCUUUCACCACUAAGCCAUGCCCCUGAGCUCUGUGAAUACCCCUCUCCCUACUCUGCCCACACCUCUACUCCAUCUUCUGAUGAAAGAUUUGGCCAUAUUUACCCCUCAGAUUCUGCCUCUCUUUCUCCCAGCCUGUCAACUCAGUCCGAUGUCCUAAAGCAACUCUCUAAACCUACACCCCCUCCACAGACAUAUGGACAUUCUACCAGGACAUUCAGCCCUACACUAUCCCCUAGUCCUCGCCUUCCGCCACAGUGUAGCUCAGCCAUGAGUCCACACUGUGUGCCAAAGGACCAAUUUCCACAGUAUGACUCACCCAGUUACAGUAGCUCUCCUUGCUGGUAUGGACAAGGUGGAAGUGUUGCUCAUAGUCCCCAGAGCUAUGAGGAGCUGCGCUCCACUGCCAUCACUAUGCCCUCACACAAACGGGACAUGUCUCUAAUUAGCCCUGGGAUGAGAGCACCAUCCCAUUCUCCUUAUACUACACCUUUACUCAGAGGACAUACUAUGUCCUCUUCUUGUGUGGGUGGUAGUCGAGACUCUUCUCCGCAGCAUGAGGAGCUGGGUUAUCAUGGUAAUAUGGACAGCUAUGCACCCGUAGGGCACCGUUAUGUGUCCCAAAGUUCCCGAGGGGGGGUUCUCUGCCAACUGUUGGAUCAACCCAGUGAUGAAGGCUUCACUGUCACCAGCCUGUAGUUAGCAUUAUUGCACCAUCCCAAUAAAGAUGAUUUGGACUACACCAUUUUCAUAUUUCUAAUAUUUUAUAAGAAUGUGAUGUUACAGAAGAAACUUGUUAGAUAGGAUUAAGGAGAUUUGGAACUGUGGACUAAAAGAUGAUUUCUUCAGCAGUGACAAUCAAGAUACACACACACACACAGACGCACACACAAUACACACGCAUGCACACACACACACACACACACAUGCACACACACACGCACACACACUCACACACACUGAAAAACUGAAACAGCACGUACACAGAUAGAUGCUCCUACAUGCACAAGACCAGUUGUGAAGCUUGGGUGGAGGUUUUUUUCUGGAUGGACGGACAUACUGCUAAUAUCAACUAGAAGAACUCCUCCGCUGAACUGCAAAAAUCCUCAGAAUGCAAAUAUUACUCAUUUAAACAGAAACCCAGCUAUGCCUGCGACGAUUGUUCAAUCUGACAUGAGAGAUCAUACAAAAAGUUUCUGGACUUCACACUGAUCUCUCUGUUUUUUCCUCUGCUCUGAUUCUCUUUAUGUGUCUAUCUGUCUCUUCUAGUCUUAACAUCAUCUCUGGCCAUGUCAAUAGAGAUCAAUUACUUACUCCCCAGAAUCUACCACCUUUGCAGGGUUUAUGAUGGUGACCCUGCUCCCUACACAGACUUUAUCCCCCUUAUCCCACCUUAUGUGCUGUCUGCUCCAAAAUACCAGCAUCUGUACAUAAGUCACACCAACCAACUCAGCACCAGAAAUAACAAUGCAAUGACAUAAAUAACUGAAGUAUAGCAAUUACAGAAGGGGAGAAAGUUUUGCAAAGGCUGUAAAUUUAUUACCAAAUUACAAUGAGAAUGUUACAGAAUUUCUGGUAUGCCAUGUGAGACGUGAUGUCAAUUUAUAAGUGACUUUAAAUUGUUCCACUUGAUCCUGUGCAAAUAGUUACUGCAAUCAUUUUAAGCAAGGGUAUGGUCUGGUCCAAUAGGGUUUGUCAAAUGAAUCAAAUGCCUUCUUUCUCUGUUCUUGAUCACGGCCUGCAGCAUGGUCAUACCCUGCCCAACACCCAGUUCUUGUCUCUGUAUUUUUGUAAUUUUCUGUCAGGAGGACAGACACUCAUGCACUGACCCCAAAGAUGCUGCUCUGGCAAAGGUGCUGAGAGGCCAGUCUUUCUGAGCAUGGAGGUCUGGAACUCAGGGUGUGGACAAUGCCUAUUCUCCUACUCAUACUGCUCCCCCUCCUUUUUUCUCUCUCCACUGUUCUAUUUCUUGUGGUCUGCUGUGUCGUACAGUGAUUUUUUUGUGAUGAAAUACUGUAUCUGUCUGUUCCAUAUACUGUAUCUAAGGUGGGAAUAUUUAAAUACACAUUCUGUUCUUAUCAUUGCGUAACUCAGUCCUGCCUCUGCUCUGUGGAGUGGUGUAGAGUGGUGUGAGAAUGUUGCACAUUCUCACACCAUAUAUAAAGAUAAAAAAAAUUACAAAAAUAUACGAUUACAGUUUCAUCUAUAAAAUUUAAUCACAUCAUUAAGCAAUCUAUUAUUUUUAAGGCAAUGGGAUUGUAAUAGGGCUGUAAUACGGUUGGUAGUAGGGGAGACAAUGGGUAUGGUGUCCCAUAAGUACAAAACACAUUAACAAAACAAAACCAAAACAGCAAAUUAGAAAAUGCAACAGCAAAACCCAAAUCAUAACAGCAAAUUCAGAAACAUCAAAAUGAACAGGUCCUUACUGAACUUGUUGCUGAUUGGACACAGUGUAUGACUAGCUAUCACAAAGAAAAAGAAAUUCACUUUAAUCUUUUGUCUAUCCAUCCAUCCAUUUUCUGUACUGCUUAUCCUUACUGCAUCGUUGGGAACCUGGAACCUAUUCCAGAGGGCAUGGGACACAGGGUGGGAUACACCAUGAAUGGGGUGCCAAUCCAUCACAGAGCACAAUCACACACCCAUUCAUACACUACGAACACUGGACAUGCCAAUCAGACUACCAUGCAUGUCUUUGGACUGGGGGAGGAAACCGGUGUACCUGGAGGAAACCCCCGAGUCACGGGGAGAACAUGCAAACUCCGCACACACAGGGCUGCGGUGGAAAUCUCAACCCUGGAGGUGUGAGGCAAACGUGCUAACCACUAAACCACCGUGCGCCCAUCGUAUAUCUAGUUAGCCUAAAAAAAAAGUGUUAAAUCGUGGAUACUUACUAUUGUAAGGAUUCAUGCUUUCUGAAUAACCCAGAUUAGUUUAGAAAAGUUUUUAGUGUUUAUGGCUUUGCUGUUGUGUUUUGAUUGUGUUUUCUGAUUUACUGUUUUGAUUGUGGUGUUUUUGGCUGGUUAAUGCACUUUGGUGACCAGCACAGCGGUACAGUGGGCAGCAUUGCUGCUUGAUAGUUCCAAGGUCCUUGGUUCGAUCCUGAGCUCAAGUUACUGCCUCUGGAGAGUUUUGCAGGUUCUCCCCGUGUUUGAGUGGGUUUCCCCUGUGUUCACUGGUUUCCUCCCACUGUUCAAAAACAUACAGGUGAGUGGAUUGGCUGGUGUCCCAUCUAAGCUUACCUUACACACAGGAUAGGCUCUGGAUUCACCGCAACCCAGAUCAUGAAUAAAGUGGUUACUGAAGGUGAAUGAAUGAAUCAUUCCAGGCUACCGUACAAAUGUUCUAAAUAGCCAUUUUGAGGUAACAACAUAAACAGUGGAAAGGAAAAUAUGAGAAUUUGCACAGUCUACAUAUUUCAAAGGAAAGUACAAUCAAAACCCAGUCUUUAAACAUAAAUUUUGUCAAUUACCAGCACUAACCUAGAACACCUGAAUAAAUAAUUGCUAUUAUGAACUGCAUCAAAUCUGAAGUUAAUAUAUUCUAUUAUUCAUGUAUGUUUAACCAUCUGCUAUCAGUUUUACUUACAGGUGGAAUGCUUGUGGGUUACUGCCAUUUUCUGUGCUUGACUGAGUUUAACCACCUUAACCAACAUAUUUAAAAGGUAGAGUUGGAUUGACCAGUAAGUGGACCUUGCACAUAAUGAGGAACGAAGUGCCAAAUUUCUUUUAAAGUGGUCAAUUGAGAACAUUUUAGAGGAUGUUUUUUCACACUUGAAAUAGCUUUAUGGCUUGUGGGUAUGUGCUGAUGACUGGUUCUGUGUCAAAGUGAAGGAAAAACUGUUACAGGUUAUAAAAUACACCUUGGCCCUGAUUUUUGCUAUGAGAAAAGUUUUAAAUCUUAUUGUUUCCUAAACUUUGUUUAAGAAAAAUCCCCUACUGUGGUUGCAAUCAAAUUGUUUAGACUGUCAAUAUUUUUGUAUUUCAGCAAUGAGAGCAAACUCUCAUUUCUACCACAUCACUAAAUACAGUUUGUUUGUUUUUUUUAAUGAAAAAAAGUCUA